CGGCCGUAGAUGUCGGCCAAGUGCGCCUGCGCGUUAGAGUAGCGGCGUUGAGUCAGGCAGUCCGUGGAGAAAACUGCGGUAGCGACCCUCAGACCUCGCCAUGAAGACUCGUUUUAGCACCAUUGACCUCCGCGCGAUACUCGCGGAGCUGAAUGCCAGCUUAAUAGGAAUGAGAGUAAACAAUGUUUAUGAUGUGGAUAAUAAGACCUAUCUUAUUCGUCUUCAAAAGCCAGACUUUAAAGCUACACUUUUACUUGAAUCUGGCAUACGAAUUCACACAACAGAAUUUGAGUGGCCUAAGAAUAUGAUGCCCUCUAGUUUUGCCAUGAAGUGCCGAAAACAUUUGAAGAGUCGGCGAUUGGUCAGUGCAAAACAGCUUGGUGUGGAUAGAAUUGUAGAUUUUCAGUUUGGAAGUGAUGAAGCUGCUUAUCACUUAAUCAUUGAGCUCUAUGAUAGGGGAAACAUUGUUCUUACAGAUUAUGAGUACCUAAUUUUGAAUAUCCUAAGAUUUCGAACUGAUGAGUCAGAUGAUGUUAAAUUUGCUGUUCGUGAACGCUAUCCAGUUGAUCAUGCUAGAGCUGCUGAGCCUUUGCUUACCUUGGAAAGAUUGACUGAAAUAAUAGCCAGUGCACCUAAGGGCGAACUACUGAAGAGAGUUCUUAACCCAUUACUUCCCUAUGGACCAGCUCUCAUUGAACACUGUCUUAUAGAAAAUGGAUUCUCUGGCAAUGUCAAAGUGGAUGAAAAAUUUGAAAGCAAAGAUAUUGAAAAAGUGCUUGUCUGUCUGCAGAAAGCAGAAGACUAUAUGAAAACAACAUCCAACUUCAGUGGAAAGGGAUACAUCAUUCAGAAAAGAGAAGUAAAACCAAGCUUGGAAGUAGAUAAACCAACUGAAGACAUACUCACGUAUGAGGAAUUUCAUCCUUUCUUGUUUUCUCAACAUUCACAAUGUCCAUAUAUAGAAUUUGAAUCAUUUGACAAGGCUGUGGAUGAAUUUUAUUCCAAGAUAGAAGGUCAGAAAAUAGAUUUAAAAGCUUUACAACAGGAAAAACAAGCAUUGAAGAAAUUAGAUAAUGUCCGGAAGGAUCAUGAAAACCGAUUAGAAGCUCUUCAACAGGCUCAGGAAAUAGACAAACUUAAAGGAGAGCUCAUAGAAAUGAACCUACAGAUAGUUGACAGAGCCAUUCAGGUUGUUCGAAGUGCUUUAGCCAACCAGAUAGAUUGGACAGAAAUCGGAUUAAUUGUGAAAGAAGCCCAGGCUCAAGGAGACCCUGUUGCAAAUGCAAUUAAAGAAUUAAAACUGCAAACAAAUCAUGUUACAAUGCUACUAAGAAAUCCAUACUUGUUAUCAGAGGAGGAAGAUGACGAUGUUGAUGGUGACAUCAGUGUUGAGAAAAAUGAAACCGAACUACCAAAAGGAAAAAAGAAAAAGCAAAAGAAUAAACAGCUGCAGAAGCCUCAGAAAAAUAGGCCAUUACUUGUUGAUGUUGAUCUCAGCUUGUCAGCAUAUGCCAAUGCCAAAAAAUACUAUGAUCACAAGAGGUAUGCUGCUAAGAAAACACAAAAGACUGUUGAAGCUGCUGAAAAGGCAUUUAAAUCAGCAGAAAAGAAAACAAAGCAAACCUUAAAAGAAGUCCAAACAGUUACCUCUAUUCAGAAAGCAAGAAAAGUGUAUUGGUUUGAGAAAUUUCUGUGGUUCAUUAGCUCAGAGAACUAUCUAAUAAUAGGUGGACGAGAUCAACAACAAAAUGAAAUAAUUGUGAAAAGAUACUUGACAACAGGGGACAUUUAUGUACAUGCUGAUCUUCAUGGAGCUACUAGCUGUGUAAUUAAGAAUCCAACAGGCGAACCCAUUCCCCCUCGGACCUUGACAGAAGCAGGCACAAUGGCACUUUGCUACAGUGCUGCUUGGGAUGCACGAGUCAUCACCAGUGCUUGGUGGGUGUACCAUCAUCAGGUGUCUAAAACAGCACCAACUGGAGAAUAUUUGACAACAGGAAGCUUCAUGAUAAGAGGAAAAAAGAAUUUCCUUCCUCCCUCAUAUCUAAUGAUGGGGUUUAGUUUCCUCUUUAAGGUAGACGAGUCUUGCGUUUGGAGACAUCGGGGUGAACGAAAAGUCAGAGUGCAGGAUGAAGACAUGGAAACACUGGCAAGUUGCACAAGUGAACUCAUAUCGGAAGAAAUGGAACAACUAGAUGGAGGUGACAGUAGCAGUGAGGAAGAUAAAGAGGAAUCACAUGAAACUCCUGUGGAAGUGGAACUCAUGACUCAGGUUGACCAAGAGGAUAUUACUAUUCAGAGUGGUGGAGAUGAACUAAAUGAUGAACUAAUUCAGGAAGAAAGCUCUGAAGAUGAAGGAGAAUCUGAAGAUGUGGUAAAAGAUCAGGAACCUCUUGGUGAAAUGAAGGAUGAAGGGGAAGAAACAUUAAAUUAUCCUGAUACUACCAUUGACUUGUCCCACCUUCAAUCCCAAAGGUCCCUCCAGAAAUUGGCUUCAAAAGAGGAAUCUUCUAAUAUGAGUGACAGUAAAUUACAGAGCCGGAGACAUUUGUCGGCCAAGGAAAGAAGGGAAAUGAAGAAGAAAAAGCUUCCAAGUGACUCAGGGGAUUUAGAAGUGAUAGAGGGAAAGGACAAAGAAAAAGAAAAUACUCUACACAUUGAUACUCAUCAGAACACAAGCAAAAGUAUCCCAGCUGUGCAGCCAAUGAAACGAGGACAAAAGAGUAAGAUGAAAAAAAUGAAGGAAAAAUAUAAAGACCAAGAUGAAGAAGAACGCGAACUCAUCAUGAAAUUGCUAGGGUCUGCAGGUUCAAACAAAGAAGAAAAAGGGAAGAAGGGGAAGAAAGGAAAAACAAAGGAUGAACCUGUGAAGAAACAGCCCCAGAAACCUAGAGGUGGACCAAGGGCUUCAGACAGCAUAAAGAAAGAAACUCCUUCCCUUGAGGUUGUAACUCAUGAGUUACAAGACUUGGCUGUAGAUGAUCCACACGAUGACAAGCAGGAAGAGCAAGAUCUGGAUCAACAGGGUAAUGAGGAAAAUCUCUUUGACUCUUUGACAGGGCAGCCACAUCCUGAAGAUGUAUUACUGUUUGCCAUUCCAAUAUGUGCCCCUUACACCACCAUGACAAACUAUAAAUACAAAGUGAAACUUACUCCUGGAGUUCAGAAAAAGGGAAAAGCUGCAAAAACAGCUUUGAAUAGUUUCAUGCAUUCCAAAGAAGCAACAGCAAGAGAAAAAGACUUAUUUCGCAGUGUAAAGGACACGGAUUUAUCAAGAAACAUUCCUGGCAAAGUCAAAGUGUCUGCACCCAAUCUUCUGAAUGUAAAAAGGAAAUAGCCGAAAUGAAAUCCUAAAAUAUUUGAGAAGAGCCAAUUUUAUAGCCUUUUGGAAGUUCAGAGAUGAAAACACCAUGUAACAAGACUUCCGCAUUUAAAAAUGAACUAAACAUUGCCUUGCUAUAUUCGCCAAAAGGACUUCUUCCCCCCAACCCCCCUCUGGUUUUUUAGAGAGGAAACACUAUGAUAGGAUUUCCUAAAAUAUUUGUGGACAGUUAAAUGCUAAUUGUAUACAUCUGUAGUUAUUCUCCUACAUUUUCUUGAACUUUGGGAGGUUAAUACUAAGUUUUCAUUUCAUGUUGUAAAGAAACUGAACAGUGAAGUGGCUCAAUUGCUUAGACUGUUGACUUGGUAGUCUACCGUAUAUAAUGUCUAAUAUAUCUCUUAUGGGCCAGUCACAAGGUUUUUUUUUUCUUUUCCCCAGUGUGGUGGGGUUGGGGGGUAGACGUUUAGGAUUAAGUCUUGGAAAGCUUCUGCCUUUACUUAUACUUGUCAAAAAUAUAUUAGACCAGAUUUAAAAUACACAUAAUUCAGCCUAAGAAAGAACACCUAGAAAAAAUUGGUAUUGAUCAUUUCCAUGCAUUUAUACUUCACUUUCAUCCUGGUUUCUUCUGUGUAAUCUCAUUCAGUUCUGUAUCAUUUUAUUUUCUACCUCUAGUAAUUAUCAGCAUGUUACAGAGUAUCUUAACCUAAGAUAUCAUAAGUGCACUUUUUCAGGCUUAUCACUAAAGACUCCUGACCCAGCUCCUCCUCUUCUAUCUCCUAACAGAAUGGAGAAUUAAGUCAUACAUCAAAUUCCAUUCUUUUAAAAUUUUUACUUCUUAAAUGAUUAGACGGUAGCUACCUACAGUCAAUAUGACCACUUGCCCUGCCCCUGUACCAAAGCAUUAAGGUCAAAGUACUGAAGCUGGUGGUCCUUCCAAACUUAGUCCUAUUGAGAAUAUUUUUCCAUUUAAAUGUAAAAAAAAAAAAAGAAAACUUUGUAAUACAGCCUAGUGUUGUAAAUACAAUAGAUUACUCUUGCCACUUAAACUAUUAACUUAAAAAGAUAACGUCACCAUUUUGAUAGUGGUAGGAAUAAUUAGUAUAAUGUUUCUACAGCUAUAUAUCUGAAGUUACUAAAAAGGAAAUAUAAUAAUAACCAUUCUUUAGGGUAAAAAGCCCAAAUAUUAGUUUUCUUUUGCUUUAACAGAAGACAGUUACUGGUGUUAAAUACAUUUAUUGUAAACUUUAGACACAAAAAUAGGUUCUCUAGGCCAUUCACAUGCACAUUAAAACCAAAAAGCUGCAAACUACAACAAUGCAUAUGAUUAUACAAACAAUGCCACUCUCUGAUGUUUACAGAAUUGCUGUCCAUGCAAGGUGAUCAGAGGCAUUAUCUACGAAGCCUUAAGAUCCAGAAGUGUUGUUACUACCAAACCUCUGAUUAACACUGUGAAGUAAGUGUUUUGGAAGGCAGUUCCACGAGUUGGCUAACAUUUCUUUAAAGCAAAUGACUGCUUCUAAGCUUAGCCUGAAAGUAGAGGAGAAAAAUAAUUUGUUUUACUGUUUAGAAGCACAUUAACUUGAAGAAUUAUAACCCCCCCCCCAAAAAAAAACAAACAAACCCACUUUCUUUAAAGGUUUUAAUAGGAACUGGUUAGUUAUAUCAAUGAAAGCUUGUUAUUGCCCUUAUCUAUAAACCUGGUUUUUCAAAAGGAUUAAUUUAAAAUGAAGUACCUAGUAAAAAGUUACUUACCUUACAAGAGAUUUUGGUUGAACUGAAAAUAUAAGUAUUUCGUUACUGUGUGCCUGAAAAAUAGAGAAGAACACAUUAAAAAGUAAGUACUCCACAAGUAAGUUUCAGAAAUAUUAUAAAGUGUCCUUUAACAUAAGGUGUAGUAUACUUACAGCUCUGUGAUGGACAAGAAGGUUGUUGGCGCACCCACCAAAAACAAUUACUUCUCCUUCGUCACUGGCACAAGCUGUAUGCCAUAAUCUAUGUUUAAAAUGAAAGCUUGAGUUUGAAGUUACCCAAACACCAAAUUGAUAAUUUAUACUAAAGAACCAGAAUGAUGAAAUAAAGACUAGAGAUCUUUAGUAUAGACCAGAAACACGUUGAGAAGCAAUUAUCUUAAAUAGCAAAAGCUAGGGGGGGGGCAAAAAAAAAUCAAUGUCUGUUUUAUCUGGAUGUUAUCAUUUUAUCUCUCUGGUCCAGUCCUAAUUUAUGCAAUGAGGGGUUUGAACUGGAUCUGUUCUCUAGGUCUUUGUUAGCAAUAAAAAAAAAAAUCUUAUGGGAGAUGUGUGGUAUAUGCCCUCUCGAUCUUCUUUUCAUAGUAGGGCCAGUUGACCUUAUACAAAACAUCUGAAGAAUGCUGAAUCUGCCUGAGAUACUCAAAGUAUCAGGCCUGGUAAUUCUAUGGGAAAAACUUUUGUGCCAAAUGAAGCCUUUGUGCAUAAGUGUACUUAAAUUAGAAGCUUGGGGGAAAAAAUGCAGGCUGACCUACUUAAAUGUGCUGAAUACCAGUUGUGACUAUAUCAUAUCCUUUAGCAAUUUUUGUAACAAUUCUUUUUGAGAUUAACAAAAAACUUUUUUGGGGUGGUGGUGGUGAUUUGACUUAAUAUUUAUUAUACAGCACUACUGCAAAUCUAAUAGAAAGUUCUUGAUUUAAGGUUUUGGAAUUCUCUCCUUUCCAGUUACUUUUUUUUUUUUUUUUUUAAGAUUUAUUUGAGAGAGAAAGAGCACAUGAGUAGGGGGAGAAGAUGAUGAAGAGGGAGAGGCAGAUUCCCCGUUGAGAGGGAGCCCAAGGAGGGGCUCCAUCCCAUGAACCCUGGCAUCAUGACUUGAGCUGAAGGUAGACACUUAAGACAGCCACCUAGGUGUCCCUCCAGUUAUUUUAAAUGACAAACCUAGAAGCAGUUCAAUUCACUUGAGUAAAGACCUUGAUUAUAAAUUUUAACUACGUCAAUUUUACGAUAAAAGCUGCAGCAAAAGUCAAAGUCCAGCUCUGCUUUUUAUGCACAGUGACAGGAAAGAAAGCAUUCAAUAAUAGGAUAACAUUGGUUUUCUUUUGAUGUGAAACCUUAGUGAAUGCUAGGAUUUUUGUAAGAAUGACAGAUUUAAUGCAGCCACAAUUUCCUCUCAUUACCAGUACUGUACAUCUUUAUGGCCCUCAAUUAUUCAGUACAGGAAUUAUUUUUUAAAUAGUUCAUACCUUGGUUUUUCAGUAUAGGGAUGAUUAAACUGUAUCCAUUCAUUUUUACUGAUGCAGUAAGUCCAGGCAUCACCUGAUUGAAGCAAAAAAAGAAGAGCCAUGAAAUGAAGUAUGUUAUUUUGUCGAUAGGACACUGAUACUUAAAGGGCACAGCUUUAGCAAGAGAAGUAAUAAAUGAGACCGUGAGUACAAACAGGAAGUAUAUAUCUUUUUUUUUUUUUUUCUCUGCAAUUAACCAAGUAAGCCCUUUGCCUGUUACAGCCCUUCAGUAGGGCUUUUAAGGGUUAUACUGGACAGAAUGGAUAUCCUAGUAUAAAAACAAUUAGAGGUUAUGGAAUCAAAAUUAAUAGCAAACCUUCCAACCAACCCUACAGCGCUCUGAUACAUCUAAAAGAGACUGAUUUUUUUCUAGCUAUAUAUCACAUAUGAAUGAUAUAUAAUGAUUUCUUACAUUUUUUUAAAACUUACUUAGUGGCUGUUUAUCAGUGGUAAAUCCUCCAAAGAGAAAGAGAUGAUCUGAAGAAACUGGUGUUAGUGAGUGCCACGAUCGGCCAACUGGGCAUAUGCCUUGUGGAAUUCUUUAAAAAAAAAAAAAAAAAAACAGCUAGGUUACAAUAUCUGUGUUUAUUUAUUUAUUUAUUUUAAGAUUUAUUUAUUCAUUUAUUCAUGAAAGACAGAGGGAGAAGCAGGCUCCAUGCCGGGAGCCCGACGCGGGACCCCGAUCCCAGAACCCCAGGACUGCACCCCGGGCCAAAAGCAGUCACCAAACUGCUGAGCCACCCAGGGAUCCCCAAUAUCUGUGUUUAAAAGUAGCUACUGUUGAAUACAGAAAAAUGCUGAAGAAGUUUUAAAGUUCAUAUAGAAUUAUGAAAAAGACUUUAAAUUUAAAAAAACUUCUUGGUAUUAAUAGCUACAAGCUUUAGAACUAUGUUCUUAGAAGACCUUUCAACAAACACUUGAGCACAAGCUGGGUGCCAGAUACAGUUCUGGAAACAGGCAAUUUAAAAAAAAAAAAAAAACCUUUAGGGAUCUAGUCAUCAUAUUUAAAUUCUCAGUUAUAGAAAAUUUAAGCAAAUACAUUAUAUACUGAUAACAGAAUAAAAAAAAACUAACAAAAAUUAUCUAAGUGAUACAUACAAUUCAUUCCACUCCCAUGUAUCCAGAUUAAGAUAGUGAAGAUCAUUCAUUCUGGCAUCCUGAAAAAGGGUAAUUUUAAGUAAUUAUCCUUUGAAUGACUCAAAAGCAAGUCCUUGAAACUGUUCAUACACUUACUCGGUAUCUGCCUCCAAACACAAAGCCUUUGUUUCCAACAGUUGCACAGGCAUGGGCAGCACGAGGUGAAGGUGCUUUACCCUACAGAAGUCAUAAAAGCAAUCUUUUAAAAUAAAUACCAGAGUCAUCUCUGGGUAUGGGAUGAGGACAUGCAAGACACCUGAGCUUUUAAGCUAAAGUGUGCAGAUGUCUAGUCAACAGCAAUACUAAAACUGGGAACUAUAAUUUUAUGUUUUUUAGGUGUAUUACUGAAUGUACUAGUUAAUACAAUGCUUGUUUUAUUUUUAUCUUUUAAAAUAAAAGGUAGCGCAUUUUGUGACACCUGUGUCAAAGAAUAAUCCAGUGCUAGGUCAUUUAUUUAGUUACAAACAGUAACACUUAACAUCUAUUAGAUAACAGAUGCUGGGUUAGUCCAUACAUUGUUUCUGAGGUAUGGACUCCUUAGAGAAUAAUGACAGCAAUGGAUCUUCUCUCACCAGAAAAAUGAGUGAUCUAUCAGUUUUAACCACCUCCCAACUACCCUUCUCCAAGGGGCCUUGCUUUAAUAAUUCAGUAUUCUUCAGUAACUCACAGUAGUGAUAGGCUGACUCCAGAUAAAUGUUUCAGUGUCUAAAAUAUGUACAUGAUCAUUCCAUCCUCUUGGGUGACUGGAAUUCUACAGAAAAUUAAGAAUCUGGGUUAUUUUACAAAUGUCUGUAUAGCUUUGUCUGGUUUAUGAAUAAGCCAAAAUGAACAAGACUAGCAAAUAUGUUAUUUUCAAUAUACCAAGAAGGCCAUAUACAAAUACAAAACCUAACUUACCCAAAAAGAUGUUUCAUCAAAUUCAAAAGUUCCCAAUACUUUAUCUUCAGGUAAAUAGCCAUAACCUCCAAAAAAUAUUAACCUGUUUGACAAAAAAAAGACAAGACACUAAAAAUUCAAACAUCCACAGGUUAGGAAGAUACAAGUUUUCCUUUUGUUAUGCUACAAAUUGAGAAGGCAUACCUGAAUAUAUGAAAGUAUUUACUCACAUAGUAAUGGCUACUGUGGCUAAUUAUGUCUUAGGUGCAAUGGUAAGUGCUUUGAUGUAUUAAUUCACUUAACCCUCAUAUGGACCCUAGAAGGUAUGUUCUAAGGUUACAGUGGUUAUUAUCUAAGGGUACUUGAAUGGCAAACCACUUUGUACAUAAAAACCCAAACGUGUGGGGCUGCUAACUUACUUGUUUUUAUAUACCCAGACACCAAGUUUGUCCUUUGAUGAUGGAGGAAUUCCUUGGCAGUCAAUCCUUUCCCACUGUAAUACUCUGUCAGUAGACCUUGAAUCCAGCAUGUAGAACUGUCAGAAGCAGUGAUUUCAGUUAGAUUUGGUUAUGUUAAAGAAAUUCAACUUUGGCAUUUAAUUUUAUUGUGAUUUAAUGAUAAUAGGAAUGUCAUUUAAUUCAGUUCUCCUAAAAGUGUAAUUAUAGACUUAACUGGUCUGAGUCUACAUAGGUAAUUUACAUUCUGGCAUAAAUUCCUUAAGUCACUAGGCACCCUGUUCAGCUCAUUUUUUUCCAACAGCCACAUUUUUUUGAUGAAGGAAUAGAAGUGUGUGGAUUUUCAUUCUGUACCUUACAUGGGCACUUGGAGUUGUACUGAUCUAAUUUAUGGGUAUGGCAUUACCAAAAAAAAAAAAAAAAAAUGAACUUCGCAAUUUCACCUUCAAAUUUAA